AUGGCGGCCAAAGCUUGGACGCCCAACACGUAUCCUCCAGCGCGACGGAGCGAUCAUGUCGACACAUACAAGAGCGCCUCCAAGGGCGAGGUCAAGGUCCCAGAUCCCUAUCGGUGGAUGGAGGAAUACACAGAAGAAACAGACAAAUGGACUACAGCGCAGGAAGCCUAUACUCGGGCCUAUAUCGACGAAUAUCCCCACCGUAAGCGCUUAGAGGAUGCCUUUUUGGCCAGCCAGGACUAUGCAAGGGCGGGUGCUCCUAUCCUUCGAGACGACAAACGGUGGUACUGGUUCCACAACACAGGCCUCCAACCGCAGGAUGUCAUGUUCAGAUCCAAGGAUAGCCAGCUACCUGACCGGUCAAAGGGGGCUGAUAACGGAGAAGUCUUCUUGGAUCAAAAUCUGCUCUCAGACGACGGAACUGCUUCUAUUAGCACCCACGCAUUCUCCGAUUCCGGUGAAUACUACGCUUACGGUAUCUCCUACUCUGGAAGUGACUUUACGACGGUCUAUGUCAGGCGAACGGACUCCCCCCUUGCUAGCAAGGAGCAGGCAGCAAAUGAUAACGGACGACUCCCGGAGGUCCUCAAGUUUGUCAAGUUCUCCUCUUUGAAAUGGACGCCGGACUCGAAGGGAUUUUUCUACCAGAGAAUGCCAGACCGCAGCAAAGGCGAGAAGGUCAACGGAUCUGGUAUCGAGACUGGAGGAGACAGAGAUGCUAUGCUCUACUACCACCGCGUCAAUACACCCCAAUCGGAAGAUGUCUUGGUCUACCAUAAUAAGGAUGAACCGGAGUGGAUGUACGGUAUUGAGAUCACCGAUGACGACAAAUACGCUGUCCUUACCGUCGUGGCCGACACUUCGAGGAAAAACCUCUUCUGGAUCGCGGAGCUCAAAGAGGAUUCCAUCGAAAAGGGAUUCAAAUGGAACAAGGUCGUCAACGAAUACGAGGCAGAAUACGAAUAUGUCACGAACUACGGUCCCGUGUUCGUCGUCCGAACUAAUGACAAGGCUCCCAAGUACAAGGCUAUCACGAUCGACAUUUCGAAGGGCAACGAAAGGAAAGACUUCGUUCCCGAAACCGACGGCUUCUUGAACAGCAUCGAUGCCGUCAACAAGGGCGAAAACUUUGUCGUUUCUUACAAGCGCAACGUCAAAGACGAGGCAUACGUAUACUCGAAAGAGGGCAAGGAGCUCGAGCGACUCCUUCCAGACUUCAUUGGUGCUUUGACGAUCACUGCCCGCUAUCGCGACAGCUGGUUCUUCAUCAACGCUGUUGGUUUCACUACACCCGGUACUCUUGGACGUUAUGACUUCACAGCGCCUGAAGGGCAGCGAUGGAGUAUCUACAGCCAGACCAAGGUCAAGGGUCUCAAUCCCGAGGAGUUCUCGGCUGAACAGGUCUGGUACGAGAGCAAGGAUGGAACCAAGAUUCCCAUGUUUAUCGUUCGCCACAAAUCCACUCCUAUUGAUGGCACUGCUCCUGCAAUUCAAUACGGAUACGGCGGCUUCAGCAUCUCCAUCAACCCAUCUUUCAGCCCCACUAUUCUCACCUUCCUGAAGACCUACGGCGGUGUCUAUGCGAUCGCUAAUAUCCGAGGAGGAGGAGAGUUUGGAGAGGAAUGGCAUGAAGGCGGGUACAGAGACAAAAAGCACAACUGCUUCGACGACUUUAUUGCUGCAACCGAGUACCUCCACAAGAAUAAAAUCGCCGCUCCAGGCAAGGUCACGAUCAACGGUGGUUCUAACGGAGGCCUCUUGGUGUCCGCCUGUGUGAACAGAGCUCCUGAAGGGACCUUUGGAGCCGCGGUCGCAGAAGUCGGAGUACACGAUCUGCUUCGGUUCCACAAAUUCACCAUCGGGCGGGCUUGGAUCAGUGACUACGGAGACCCAGAUGACCCCAAGGACUUUGACUUUAUCCACCCCAUAUCCCCAUUGCACAACGUCUCCCCCACCAAGAUACUGCCGCCGUUCAUGCUGAUCACUGCUGACCACGAUGACCGCGUGGUUCCGAGCCACUCUUUUAAGCUAGCUGCUACGCUGCAGCAUCUCCGUGCUGACAACCCGAACCCGAUCCUCCUCCGUGUCGACAAGAAGGCAGGGCAUGGAGCUGGUAAAUCUACUACCAAGAGGAUGCAAGAAGCUGCGGACAAGUGGGGCUUCGUCGCGAAGACGCUUGGACUGGAGUGGAAGGACACGGCUACCAAACUGUGA